UUAAUUAUUCUUGGGUAAAAUAAAAUCGUUAUGAAACCCGGUUAAAACCCUAAUUUUGAAUCACCAGCGGUUUAGUCCGAGUGGUACUGAGUUAACCCAUCGGCUCGUGGAAGAUGUACGUACCCGAUGGAGCCGGUGACGAUACAGAACGGACCGCUUUCAGGAAAACAGAGAAGAAGUACAAGCUUUAUUACGAGGAUAAUUGGAAAUCCUCCAAAAAGAAGAAACAACCUAAACAAGUCGAUUUAUCGGAGGUUUUGGAUUUCAAAUCCAUUUCAGAAUCCUACAAUCAGAACGGUGAACUUCCUUCCGGAGUUGUAGCUGUUAAUUGUGGAUUUGAUCGUCCAAUUUUUCGCUUGGAAAAUCGCCCUGGGUUCUAUUUUAUUCCUGGCGCAUUGACUUUGGAGGAACAAUGUAAAUGGAUAAGGGAAAGUUUAACGAACUUUCCGCAACCUCCUAAUAGAACAAAUCACAAUGCUUUUUAUGGGCCUAUAAGUAACCUGUUUGUUGCGGCGAAGGAAGGUAAAGUAUUGGUUGAGGAGGAAAGGUCAGACAAUGGCUUGGAUUCUGAUUCGAGUGCUUCUGCAAGCAACGGAGAUGCUCAUAGAUGGAAAUUUUAUGAGGAAGACAUUGCGGGAUCAAGGGGAAAGACUUGCAAAUCAGUUUCUGCUUCUGUUUUGCUGCGAAAGCUCCGGUGGAGUACCCUUGGCCUUCAAUUUGACUGGUCCAAGCGGAACUAUGACAUGUCUCUACCUCAUAACAAAAUACCGAAUGCACUCUGUCAGCUGGCUAAAAGAAUGGCUGAGCCUGCAAUGCCUAUUGGAGAAGAGUUCCGGCCAGAGGCUGCAAUUGUCAACUAUUUUGGGUUAGGUGAUACGCUUGGUGGUCACCUUGAUGAUAUGGAAGCCGAUUGGAGUAAGCCUAUUGUUAGCAUGAGUUUGGGCUGCAAAGCUAUUUUCCUUCUGGGAGGAAAGUCUAAACAGGAUGAACCAUUAGCAAUGUUUCUCCGAAGUGGGGAUGUUGUACUCAUGGCAGGAGAAGCAAGGGAAUGCUUUCAUGGUGUGCCUCGCAUAUUCACAGACGAAAAAAAUGCUGAAAUCACUCCUCUUGAAUUGCAGUUUUUGCACGAGGAUGAUCAUUGUUUCUUAGACUAUAUAAGAGUUUCAAGGAUCAACAUCAAUAUCAGACAAGUCUUUUAAUUUUGCUUUGAGCAAAAAAAUGGAAAAGGUGAUUUGAUUUUGCUGUCUUCUUCUCAAUCAGUUCAGUUUAGCUUUUCAACUCACAGGUCUAUUGGCAUUUUCGAUCCUAGCUUAAGCAGCUUGGUUAUUGGUUGUGUAAGAAUGUACUCAACAAUUUUUUUAUGAGAAAAGGGAAUUAUUUUGUAAAAUUUUUUGUUUCACUUUCGAAGUAGUAGUAAUAGUACUACUCUAAGCAUGCUAGGGACUGAUUCAAAAUUUUGUGGGCAAUAGAAGGGGUUCAGAUCUCAAUCUUCCUGAAAGAAAAAAGAAAUAUAUGGGAAAAUCCUGAGAAAGAAGAAAUAUAUGGAAAAAUAGGUGUGGGCAAUAGAAUGGGUUCAGAUCCCAAUCUUCCUGAAAGAAAGAGAAAUAUAUGGGAAAAUCGGAAAAAAAAAUUGUGGAGAGUGGGAUUUGAACCCAC